CGCGCGCGAACCACACACCGAAAACCACCAGCGGGUCGUCGCCGGACCACCUCCGUCAGCAGGGCGCGGGAUCGUAGUAUAGUCGUCGUUGUCGUCGCGUAGUAAAAAAAAAAAAUAAAAAAAAAUAAAAAAUAUUUUAAUCAGUUAUUGCGGCCGCGAAUCGUUUGUUUUAAGCGAUAUAUUUUUUUCGGUUUUUCCGAAUACCCGAUAUUAAAAUAAUAUAUUAUACAUAUAUAUAUAUAUUUUUUUUAUAUAUAAUACGUCGUCGAGUCCGAACCGUGUCAUAAUAUAUUAUUAUCAAAUUUCAAAUUUCGUCCGAUUGCCCGCAAAAAAUUUGAUCGCCGCCGGUCGGUAGGUUAGACGACGACGACGACGACGACGACGACGGCGAACGAAAAGAUCGACACGACCGUCGGAAUGUGAUCGUCGAUCGCCUCGGUACCGGGUCAGUGGUAAUAACCGCGCGCACUGCCGCCGUCAUCCGUCAUGUUCGCGGCCGCGUGGCUGCUGUUAGCCGCGGCCGUCGGUGCGGCCAUGGCCAGCGAGUACCCGGAACGAGAGUGCUGCGAUCCCGUCGACCCGCCGCCGGCGACCAUGUCCGCGACGUCCGAUUACGCGGCCGUCGCGGGCCACGAGGUCGCGUCGCCCACGGCCACCGCCAUCGACGGACACCGCGGUACAGAAGAUAAAACGCCAACGGGAAGUCUGAAUUGUUUGUUGGCGAGAUCUUUAUGCAACGAAGAUCCAUCAUGUUUUAAAAUUAUAAACCUCAUUCCAAGUCUAUGUGGAAACGAAAUAGUCUCGUGUUCGACGACCACGGUGAUAAAGUGUCGGGCGGCUUUGAAAACCCUUCAAGCGUUCCCGUUCUUCAAGCCGACGUGCCUGUGCCGAGAACCGAAAAUCGAUUACGAAUGCAACUCCUUCCGUAAUUUUUUGUUCGACCAUCCGUGUAACUUCACACAGCGCAAAGAAUACGACCCGUUCCAUAUCGAAACACUAGCUUCGUGCAACCACGCGCUGACUGUUUGUGAAUCGUCGCCUGAUUGCCGACGAAUAUUUGAAGACUUCAAGAACAAUUGUAAAGUUACCAAAGACAAUACAUGCGAAACAAACAAACCGGAAGAAUGUCACAGAGAUUGGCUACGCCUGAGAAAGACGCCGCUGUUCGGGUGCAUAUGUCCACAGAAUCAAGUCAAAAAACGUUGCGAUCGCAUUUUUGCGAUGAUAAACGAGAACCCAUGUAUCAGUUCGCAAUCGACACCAAUUGACAACUCCAUAUUGAACUUCCAAAGUACAUGUCACGAGGCGUUGGAAACCUGUAACAAGCAUUCACAGUGUCAGGAAAUGGUGGCGUCCAUAAUCCGAAACUGUAAUCACAGACAGUGCAGAAAAACCAACUGUAUGGAGUCGCUGCAAAACUUUUACCGCAACGAAUCGAUGCAUUCAUACGCAAUAGAAAUCGCGUUUUGUCUAUGCAAGAAAUCUGGAGUCAAUAAAGACAAAUGUUUAAUAGCUCAAGAAAUGCUGCAUCCAGAAUGUGCUCAACGUGCGGACGGCCCAGCGAAAGUUCCAUGUAAUUUCUUAGCAGAAAGUUGUCGUGCGAAAUCAAAUUGCAGGUCCCGACUCGAAGCUUUCGAACAAACAUGUUCAGUGGACCAAACAACAAGUCGAUGUGCGGGGCCGCCGUCGAUGUGUCGUGAGUCCAUUCUUGGUAUUCUGGGAACAAUGUUGAGGACGAAUUGCGCGUGUAAGGACACGUCCCCUUCGAAGUUCUACGAUUGUAUGGGGUGGCAAAGGGUGUUUUGGUUCAACUCAUGUGUGGUUGAAGCACAGAGGGAUUUUCAUAUGACCAAGAUAAAGGACUCAGUGAAAUUAUUAUCGCGUCACUUUUACACAACUACCGCAGUGGCGGUCGAUCAUUACGACCCGACUACUGCGAUUGCGGUAAGACCUCUGUCAUCGGCAGUGCCGUCGACCGAAGCAAUGGAAGUUCAAACUACGACCACAGUCAGAGUACUGGUUGCUGGCAAAAAAUUUCGGUCUGAUACCACGACCGCUGCGGUCACCACGCCCAAAACUACUACAACUUCGGUGGCAACCACCGCCGUGACAACAUCCAUCAGCACCGUUUCGACGACUGAAUCUACUUCCCUCUCACUCAUCUCUCAAAUUCCUUUGCGAGGAUGCAGUUUGCAGAGAUCGCCACACUACAACAAACAAUUUAUGUCUGAAGGUGACGUAAUUAGGCUACACAGUUUGGAGGACAACUCGUGCUCCGAGGUGUGCCACUGUAAGACUGGCGAAAGCCUGACAUGUCAGACCAUCUGCGUGGAAGUCGAACCUUGUGAAACGGAAAUAGCGUACUACCAUCACGAGUCGCCAGCGUAUAUCGCAUUUCGCGGUCGUUGCGUGUGCUAUGUCGGACGAUUUAUUUGCAUGCGACCAAAAAUGGGUUCGUAUACGCUUGUCCCGGGCGUAUUUCUAUUCUUGGGAUACAGUGAAAAAGACGAACAGCUGUUGAAAAGUUUGGAUAUUAUGAACUUCGAAAUUAAAGACCUCGUUUACACUAUACAAAAGUUCAUACAAGAGCACAUGGUAUUUAACACUACAUGCAAAUUGCAACUACACAGCAUGUCAUUUGAGAAUAUGAUCAUAAUGGGAAAAGCCUCUCAGAAACUUACCACUGGAGGUUAUCUGAAAAACGAUGCUACGGAUAUCCGGUCUUCCGUUCUUCAAGAUAAUAUGGCGUGUUUCGAGAUCUUGAAGAACUUCUCGUAUAUGGUCACCACUCAGGCCAUGCAAGUGAAAACAAACAUGCUGCUGUCCGUGUUGAAAAUCGCCGAGGUCGACAUACUACUUCCGGUGUCCAAUUCGAGGAGUGUGAACCUGUCGCCGGACACGUGCACGGCAACGCUGCUACUGGUAAUUAUCGCGGCGGCGGCUAUAAUCUAGAGCCGAAGACUUAUGAUGGCACCGCUCUCGAACGUUAUACUGAUAAUACCAUUAUUUUGCUAUAUUAUCGCUUUCGCGGUGUCCGCUAGCGACGUUUGUGCAAUAAUAACAGAUGGGUGAUAUUGAAACAAUUAUAGGUCAAGUGUUACUAUAAAUAUAUAAUACGUACGCAUAACAAUCUAAUCGUAAAUGUAAGGCACGUACAACACUACGAAAUCGAUGCGAUUCUGCGUCGUCGUAAUGCUGAGCUCAUUUUGUAAUAAGAAAUUUAGGUUUUACUUAGAUAAAAAAAAAUAAAAAAAAAAAAAAAAAUUACGAAAUAAAAAUAAAAAAACUCUACUUUAGCAUAUCAUUUAUCGAAUGUUAUCUACUUUGAGGGCCUAUAAUUAUAAGUGUAACGCGAGUACCUAUAUAUAUAUAUAUAUAUGUAUAUCUAGGAAUAUUAUGAAUUGUAUAUUAAUUGUUGGUAAACAUUAUUGUGUUUUAUAUUGUACAUUUUAUUAAUAUUACUGUUGUAAUAAUAUUAUAGUAUAGUGGUUUAAAGGUGAUCAAAUUUUAAAUAAUUACAACCAACGAAACGUAUAUAAUAUGCUUUAAUCUCUGUAGUGGACGAACCGGAAUAUCUUAAAUUAUUACAUUUGGUUUAAACCGCGGUAUUAUAACAUCAUCGUAGAGCCUCGGAUUUUCUUGCACUCGUUAUUCGGUGUACAAAUAUGCCAAAAAAAAACCACCAUUGCGACUCGCGACAGUGAUCCGAAAAUAAAAUUUACUCACUAAUAUCGAUACUGAUCAUUAUUUUUCGUAACGUGCGCGUAUAAUAUUCUAAGCAACUAAUAUCAACCGAAACGAUGAGAGCAUUUGUUUUCUUCGAUAUGUUCAGUUAAUAGUUUUAAAAUCUCCUUUUUUUUUGAUUAUGAUAGACUCUUAUCUAUGAUAUCCACAUUUUGCGGUUCCGAUGUCUUAGUGUUUAGACGAACAAUCAAUUUUAUUUUCAAACUUUAGCACAGUUAUUUGUUUGACUAAUGCAUAUAUUAUAACCGUUACGUUUCAAUGUUUAAUAUGUAUGAUCGCGUCAUCGUAUUAGUGCACUAUACAUACUCCACGCGAGACUCAGAAGUUGCAUACAUAACGUCUCAGAGAUAGGAAUAAAGUAUUUGCGGAUCGUAGCGAUACGGACGGAAUAAUACGCAAACAAUGCAAACUCGCGUAUCGAAAAAACUGUUUGGACUUUUCAUUUUACGGUGUAGUUAAUUAAAGAAAGUGCACGGGGUAUAAGGACUCGUGAGACGUUAUAAUCAUAAUAAUAAUAAUAAUAAUAAUUAUAUAUAUAUAUAUAUAUAUUAAUAUGAUAUAUUAGAAUAUUAUUAUCAUUGUGUAAAAAAAUGCACCGUGCACACAACUUAUUUGUAUACUAUUUUUUUUUUUCCAAACGCAGAGAACUUCGGUCCGCGUACUUGAAAUAUCUCGUGUAUACGUAUAAUACCUACGUAUAUAAUAUUAUAUGUACAUUAAUGAUCUCUUCAACUUUUUAUAUCCAAGAUCGAGCGCGCACAUCGUCUGCAAAAUAUUAUAUACUGCCGUGUUCUUGUUUUUAAUGUCUCCGGGAAGAUUUGUCGGUAAAUUGAAAUUCUUCCGAUCACAAUAAAUAUUAUGUUCGUAAACCGUUAUUACCGUAUACACUAUUGGUGCACGUCGGGAUAUCCGAUAAUACGUUAAACAGCUCGUAUAAUAAAUUACUGUUUAUAGAAUUCAGUUUUCAAAAAUAAAAACGUAUCGUCUCUUAAUCCAUACAAUUUAUUAAAAAAAAAAAAAAAAAAAAAAAAUGAUUAUUAUUUAAUUUUUAUUCGUUUUUGUUUUAAAUGUUGAAGAUUCGAUUGAUUUUUUUUUCUAGGUUAUUCCACUAAAUUUAAUUUUGACCGUAAUUUACAAACUUUGAUAUCAUAUGAUGUAGUACAUCGAUCGUCACAGAGUUGUGUGUAUUAUCGCGCGUCCGCAGUUAUGUCGUUGAAUCGGUACGUUUAUAUAAUAUUCAGAGUUUCGCCAUUUUACCAAUCGAUCAGUAUAAUGUCGUCCGGACACGAUAUCAUAUUAUUAUUAUUAUUAUAGGUAUCUAUGCAGGUACGACUGAACGCUACAAAUUAUGUUUGCGUGAUGUAUACUUUAUCACACACACACCACGUUAACUAUAUACGCACUACUCAGGACUACGCUUAACAAUAGAUAACUGUUUUCCAACGAUACGAUGGUUUUGGUUGUAGUACACUGCAGAAACGAUAAACAAUACGUACCGAUUCAUUACUUUUAAGUCAUUAUAAUAAUGUCGUGUUGGGCAGUUAAAAACGGUUCACUGCUGCUUGUAACGCAUUUGACGGAAUUUCGAGUUUAAAAAUAAUAUUGCUCGAUAUUAAAUGUCAUCAUUAAAACACAUCGACGUGUAAAGUCUGUUUGAUCGCAUUGUGCAUACCUACCUGCCUGAAAAUAUUCAUUUCUAAUCACUAAAACUGUAUAUCUAUAGGUACCGGACGUGUAUUAUAAUAGACUAUGCGAGUAUAUAAUAUAUUAUGAUCAAUAAUAUUAACGUUUAGCUCAAUAACCGAAAUAAAUAUUAAAUGUCUACACGUUUAGCAUGAUUAUACGAUAUCAGUAUCUGCAUUUAAGUCCACUUGUCGGGCACUAAUAAUUUGUACCCACAUAAAUAAAUUAGCAGGGCUAGUGACAUAAAGCUCUAAAUCACUGCUACUUGGCAGUGAUAAUAUUCGCAAUUAUAUGCUCUUAAAAACAAUCGUAAAAUGUGCUUGAAUAUUAUAUGCACUAAUUAAUAAUUAUUGUUAAAAUAUGCAAAAAAUGGUACAGUCAUUACAAUUAUACAUUUUUAAAUAUACUUUCAAAAACUAUAGUAGUGUAAGUGAUAUACACUGAUAAGCAUUAACACCAUAUAACACUAUAUAAUAUAUAAACAUUUCAAUUUUUGUUUUUGAUAUUAUUCGUUAUUUUAUAUAGUAUACGAGUACGUCAUGUAUUAUGAUUGUACAUUUAUUGAAUAACGACGAAUAAUGAUUUUCUAGAAAUUUUACAUUUUUCUCUCUUAGAAAUGACGACGCAUAAACGUAAAUUAUAGCGUUAAAAAUACAAAAACAAUAUAUAAUAGCAUCAAAACUCCGAAAGAUACAAAAUAUAUAGAACUAUAAAUUCAUAUUUUACUACUUUUCUAACAUAAACGAAUUUAUAACCCACUUGGGUGUCUCAAAACAAACAUGCAAAUUCUAUAAGUCACGAGCCCUGUUUGUGAGCUAGGGACUAUAUUAUACUGAACGUGUGAACAAACCUAACUUACGAUUUCGUCUCUCAGCCAAUAUAUAACACGUAAUAUGACGUGUUAUAAACAUUAAUAUCUCUUAACUCUAUUAUAGGGAGUUAUAGCACGCAGAGCGUGAGGUGACUAGAUGGAUCUAAUAUAAAAAAAAAAAAAAAAAAAAUUAAAAAAAAUAAGACAUUUCUACUAAUUAUUGUUCUAUUAUACACAACUAGUAUAAUAUAACAGUUUACAUAUAUUUUAAAGUAAAAUUAUCGCUAGUAAACAUCUAUAUAAAAAAAAGGAUAGAAUCCUCGUAAAAAAAGUCGUCUCGACACCACCUCAAUCAGUACUCGCAUAGUAUAUUUUUAUAAGCUAUUACAAUAUUAUAUGGUUUAGAAGUAGGUAGAUAAAUAAUACUAACAUUAGUGACGUGCUUUAUUGAUAUGGGUAGAAAGUUGAAGAGAUAUAAUAUGUGACAAGAUAAUACCCGUCAUCUGUUCAUUGUAAUAUUAUUAAUCGUACAAAUAUUUUAUAUUCAACAUGGCGUAACUAUCUAAUAAGUUUCUGAUCAAAAUUGGAUUUUUUCCCUGUCUAAUAAACCAUUCGUGAAUCAUUACACACUUUUUCGAUAAAAUUUAAUAUCAUUUAAUAGUAAAUUAUAAUAAUCUAUUGACAACUAUAUAGAUGAAUUUAUCAUUAUUUAUACGCUUGUAUAAUAUUUUCACAUUAUGUUAUAGGUAAUAUGGAAACUAAUUUUCGCAGGUGCACAGGUAUAAUAUUCUUAGUACCUAUCUACUGUAUUAUUAUUUAUAGUCCAAUAGUUUAAUUACCUUUGCAGGGAUAUGAAAAACGCAUCAUUCCGUGUAUUUCAAACACAAAAUAAUAAUUAGUAUCUACAGUCUACACAGCAAAAUAAAUUUUAUCCACGGUAAAAAUAUGUUAUUAUAAAUUGCUCAAUUAAUCGUUAUAGUUGUUUGGUCUGUUAUAUUGUUUACAUAAAAGUAUCAUGAUAUAUAGUAUUGUAUUAUUAUUGAAAAUCAGUAUAAAUCGAUGAUAAAUAUGCAUGUACUUAAUAUUAUACUUAUAUUGUUAGUACACGAAUUCAGGUCAAAUUAUAUGGAUUUAAUCAUUCGUGAAUAUCAAUAACGUUAUUUCACAUUCAGAAAUAUAAAUUUUUCAGACAUCGCGUGCCACUCAUUUUGGCCCCGUUCCGGUAUAAAUCAUUAUUAUCGUGGUAAACGAAAAUAGUCUUUCCGCUGAAUAAUUUAAAUAAAGAUACCUGUAGUACAAAAUGCAUAUUUUAUCCCAUUCGUGAAAAACGCCAAAUUAAUUUCGAAGACGCAAUAGCUGAUUAAACACGUAAAUUUUUUAAAACGGAUGAUAAUUAAUAUGAUGUAGUAAUAAUUAUUGACUGUAGAAAUAACAUAAAAGAAAAUGUGUACAAUUAUACUAACAAUGAACAAACCUACGGAUACAGUGCAUUCAUUAACAAUCCUAUCUUAUCAUAUCAAUACCAAAUUAAAAUGAUAAAAAUAAUAGAUUAUCUCAUAACAAGUAAAUGAUUUUAUUAAAAAAAAACAUCAGCUAGAAAAUAUCAUAGCGUACUUGCAGUCCAAUUGGAAUGUUAUAUUUGGUAUACCGGUUGAUCAUUUUAAUGUAAAUUCACAAUUUUUUUUUUUUUUUUUAAAGUUGGUAUAAUUUAUGAGUAUUUUAAAUUUAGAUCUACGGCGUUGAGUGCUACUGGAGUAACUACUUCAAAAAAUGUUAGUUCCUUACUACCUGUGUCUAUACUUUAAAUACUUAUAGACUAUAAUAUAGUAUUAUACACUACUUGUCUGUUAGGUAAAUAGAUUGAAAUAUUUCAACUAAUAUUCUGCUUAGGAAUGUGAUGUUAAAAAUGUAAUUUAUGAUAUUCAAAAAAUUAAAAAAUAUUUCGUGUAACUCCAAAAUGUUGUUAUGUAAUGGCUCAAAAUCAUGAUAAAAAUAAAAAUAUUUUCUAAAUACUAGUAUUUUCUAAAGCAAUGAGUGUUUUACGUUUAAUUGAUUACCUCAUGUACGACGAUAAGUAAACCGGUGACAAUCGAUGAUCUUCAAUCGUUAAAUCGUUCGUGUAACGAUCACGAUACAUCAUUGCAGGACAAUAAUAAGACUUGCGUAAUAUUAUUGAUCAUCUCGCUCAUCAUUUCUUAUAAUUCUAUUAUUCGUGGCAUCAUGUAGUUGAAAUUUUUGCAGUUUAAUUGUAUAACUUUGAAUGAUAAUCGAUUAUGAUUGGCGUACAACAAUUCGUUGGCAGCAGAUUUGAAAAUAUAACUGUUAUUUUAUCCCUCAAAAAACAUCCUUGCACAAGUAUAAAAAAAAUAAAAUUCACGAUUUAAAACAAAUUAUCAGUCACAAUCAUCUACAAUCAUUAGAAGUAUAUUUUAUAAUUUUACUCUGAAAAUCAUUAGUUAUUGAAAACCCCGUUAUUGUGAGCAAUCUCGUGAUGAAAAUCCCCUGUUGUUCUGUUUGUAUUAUUUUUGCAUAAUAUUUUCUUGCCAUUAUUAUAAUUAUUUUACAAAAUGCUAUAUUAUGUAUUUCAAUUAACUGUACACUAAACAAUGUACGUCUAGCGAAUGAUUUGAACUUUCUAGAUUUUUCUUGCAGGUAAAUCAUAACCUUUUGUCGAUAAAUUUAUGUUUUCCAAUAAAUUUUCUUGUGAUUUUAAUAUCGUCAUUGAGUUGUAAAUGAUUUAAUGCAAUCGUCUCUCGCUCACUAGUCGCAUAUCAAUCUGCUAUCUGUAUUCUACAAAUAUGCAUAUAUUAAACAGAAAAUCAACAAUAUCAACUAUUAUCAACCAUAAUAUUAUUUUUAACUGUUAAGCACAACAAUGCUGAAUUCAUCGAUUACCGACCAAAAUUAUAUGUUUUCAAACGUACUGUUAUUACAACUGUUUGGAGUUCGUUACAUUUCAAACAUAAUACGUACGCCAUAAUUAAAUAUAACGCUUCGGCGUAACUAUCGUAAUUAAACUAUCUAUAUACCCGAUAUACGCUGAUAAAAUUCAAUUUUGAUCACUAAUUAAUUAUUCAGAAAUGUCAUUAUUGUCAUUAUGAAAUUGGAAAUAUAUGACGCUGUAAAAUUAGGUAGGACGUAUAUAAUAAUAUGUAUAACAUUAAAAUGGGUAAAUUCGUCCGCUACGUGAUUGCAAUAAUUACAAAAUCGUUGAGUAAUUAUUUAUCGUUUGGUUGUAAAUUGUACUUUAAGUAUUGAGUGUACAUAAUCGUUAUCAUACGAUAUAAAUUAUAACGUUAAAAAGCAAAAAAAAAACCAACAAACAAUUGAUAGAACAAAAUAUGGUAACAGACUUUAAAGUCAUAACAUUAUUGUUUCGUGUCUUUUUUUUUUUUUUAUUUCUUACUGCAGGGCAUGUGACAUAUCUUCUGAACAUAUCAUUAAAACGUAAUAUUAUGCUUACUAUAUAUUAUGAUAAUGUUAUAUUAUAUUCUAAAAAAAAAUAUUACUUUGUCGCUUACAACAACUACUGUGUUGUGAUAAUCGUGUUUUGCACACUCUCCGUCGUAACCAAAACUUAAUGAAGUCAACGUGUUUGUACUUAACAAGCUGCUCAGAGUGUUGUAUGUAGCUACGUAGGUAAAUGAAAUAUCAAUUCUCAAACAAACGAAAACAUAUCAAAAGUUAUUUAUGAUGUGAUAUUAUAGAAAUAAUGUUAAAAAACAAAAAAAAAAUUGUAAUAUUUUUGUGUAACGAAAAAAUAUAUGAUAUAUUAUAUUAUAUAUGUAUCUAGUUUAAAAUAUGUUUAAACGCAUACGCUAUUAUUUAAUAAGUGAAUGCAGUUAUAUAGUAUAAACCUAUUCUCUUGUCUCAAGCAACUUUUUUAAACGUAUUAGUAUUAGUAAUUUAUAACUUGUAUUAACAUGUUACAACAGACAUAUCACUUGAUAACUUAAGAGGGUAAUGGUUAUGUGUUUUUUUGUAUGUACUUUAUGUUAAACAUACGUCAAGUAUAUUUGUAGAACAUAUAUAGAUUUAUUGUAAAAUAUUAUAACGUAGAAUUAACAAGUAUAAUAUAUAUAUAGAUAUAUAAAUGGAUGAAUUGUAUGUUUUUUUUUUUUUUAUUUAUUCAAUUCAAAUUUCAAUCAUUAGAAUAUUAUAAUAAUAGUUACAAUUAAAUCAUAUAUUAUAUAAUAUUAUAUUUGCAGUAUAGCCAAUAAUUACGUUUAUUGAUAUAUGGACAUUAUUUUGCGGUACGUUUUUUACGUAAAUAUUACGUAUAGGUACAGAAUACAGAUGAAUCCCAGUGAUGAGACUAGGUGGUUUUAAGAUUAUAAUAAACAAAUUGAGUUAUAGAUAAUGUUUUUGUUGUUGUUGUUGUUAUUUGAUUACGAUGGUAUGGAAAUGUUGACAUCUUAGAUAUUUUCAACUACUAAGGAAUAAGAAUUAGCUAAUAAAUAUUUUUUAAAAACAAUGUUAAACUUAUAUAUACAAUAUAUAAAUUACAUUUUGUUUAGAUAUUUUAUUGUUUUAAUAAGUUUCAAUUCAAUUUGUGUGAUGAAAAAAAAGUAUAAACUUAUAAUAUUAUAUAACUAAUGACCUGACCUAGUUAAAUAUUUUUUAUUCAAAAACUUUUUACUUGAUUUUUUUCAACAUAUAUAGCAACAAAAAAAAAAAAAUCCCCGACCUUACACAUUCACAACAUAAUGUUCAUAUGUGUAUAAUAAACCACAGAAUAUAAUUUUUUCAUUUGAUAAAAUUUAUUUGAUUGUGUUUAAAUUACCUACCUGAAUACCUACUGUAUUAAAAUGUGUUAACAGAAAAUUUAUAUUUUAGAACGAAGUUUUAUAAAGUCUGAGGCAAACGUGUACUCGAAUUCCAUUAAAUUCUUAGAUCCAAAAUUCGAGUCGAGUACACGGUUGAUUAAGUAAAUUAAAUAAAAAUAAUAAUAAUAAUAAAUCAUUUGUUUGAAGCUAUAAAAACAUAAUAACAUUGUAUAUAUACAUUAUAAUAUGUAUUUGAUUAAUUUAGUGAAAAUUAUUUGAAUGUGGUGAUUUUACUAUUUUGUAUAUAGAACUAAUGUGUUUACGUGAACAAAAAAAAAACUAUAUUAAUAAUAUAAGUAGUAAAUUAUGGUUAUUUUAAUAAAAACGGUUUCGACCUACCAUUCUACCACUUCAACUGUAACUACAAUAAUAAUAUAUAUUGUACUUAGUCCAAUUAAUAUUUUGUUCUAGAAUUACUUUACUAAUCGUUUAAUCGGAAAAAUGUUUUAUUGUUUAUAUCUUAGUGAAAUAAAUAUUAUGUUAUGAUAAAAAAAAAAUAUUAAUUAUACACGUAUAUGUUAAAUGAA